AUGCGUGUGAACGCACCUAAAACGAGCCGCCUAGUGCUUUCUUGUUCUCUUCAGGUUAACGUUUAUACAGAGGAGCAGGUGGAAAAGUUCAAGUACAUCAGAGUCAUGUUUACUGGUGAUAGAAAGUUGGAGGAAGAGAUCCACCGGCGAAUUGGAGCAGCCAGUGGCGUUCUGGAUGAACUAGCCCGAUCCACUGUGACUAAAGCAGAGCUCAGUCUGAAAACUAAGUUCUCGGUGUUCAAGUCGAUCUUUACCCCCAUGCUUACCUGCGGGCAUGAAUCGUGGACCAUCACUGAAAAACUUCGAACCCGGGUACAAGCUCCUGAAAUGGGCUUUCUUAGAGGAGUCGCUGGCCUUACGCGUCUCGACAUUGUCGGGAAUACUGGCAUCCGAAAGAGCCCUGGUAUAGAGCCUCUGCUUCCCCAUAGUGGGAAGUCACAGGUGCGAUGGUUUGCCAUGUGCUGCGAAUGUCUCCAGAAAGGAAAGCUAAGCAAAUGUUUUUGCCCAGCCGACCGGCAGAAGGUCGAGCGGAGGCAAAGAAUAGUAUUGUGCAUAUAUAUUGAAGGAGUUUAUCCUAGACUUCAGUUGUCUUCUGCCAAGGCUCAAGCUCUGGCACUGGAUCGGGAACACUGGAAGCACUGUCUGAAGCGUAUGCCUCUGCGACUCGAAGAGAGAAGUGGUCAUGGAAGAUUAAGAAGAAAACAUGUGGUAUACUGUGUCAUGAAGAAAAAUAAAGAAUAA